UUUUCUAAAAGUUACAAACACCUACAUACCACAAUCCUCUCUCGAAACCUCGUCUUUGGCGUUCACUCCACACAAACUCGACUCCGGCGCUCACUCCACACAAACCCGACUCUGACGCUCACUCCAAACCUCCACACAAACUCGACUCUGAUGCAGCAAUGGAGUAGUAGCACACAACGUAGCAGCUUUCGUCUUCAUACCAAGCAAUGUAGCAGCAACAAAUUUGCGCGUUCGCGGUCCAGCUCCUGCCACACCAAGACGAUCACAAAACCCCUUUCACCAUCCAAAAAUUUGCGCACGGGAAGGAAUCAGAAACCCUCGAAGAAUUGGGAAAAAAUCUCUCUGCUUUGCAGGAAAACCCCAGUUCACAACUAUGACUCUCCAUUCUGUUUCAGGGAACUCUGAACCAAAUUCAGAAAGCGGUGUUGAUGUUGAAAACUGCGCUGACAUAAACUGGGAUGAGCUUGGAUUCAGUCCAGUUCCGACAGAUUUCAUGUAUGUCAUGAAAUGUGCAAAAGGGGACAACUUUUCUGAAGGAUCCCUCGUUCCCUUUGGAAACAUAGAGAUCAACCCUUUUGCCACGAUAAUAAACUAUGGACAGGGAAUCUUUGAGGGGCUAAAGGCAUAUAGAACUGAAGAUGGGCACAUAAAUCUGUUUAGACCAGAAGAGAAUGCCCAACGAAUGAAGAUAGGGGCAGACAGAUUCUGCAUGCCAUCCCCAUCCGUUGAUCAGUUCGUUAAUGCUGUAAAACAGACAGCUCUUGCAAACAAACGUUGGGUGCCUCCACUAGGGAAAGGGUCAUUGUAUAUCAGGCCAUUGCUCAUGGGAACAGGAGCUUCUUUAAACCUGGCUCCUGCACCAGAGUACACUCUACUUAUUUAUUGUGCUCCUGUCACUAACUACCAUAAGGGUGCACUAAACUUGAAAGUGGAGAGUAAGUUCUAUCGAGCAAUAUCUGGAACCGGUGGAACCGGAGGGAUCAAGAGUAUUACCAACUAUGCCCCUGUUUAUGCUGCAGCAACUGCAGCGAAAGCUGAUGGAUUCUCUGAUGUCUUGUUCUUGGACUCAGCAACUGGAAAAAACAUAGAAGAGGUUUCUGCAUGCAAUGUGUUUGUUGUGAAGGGUAAUAGUAUCUGCACUCCGGAAACAAAUGGAGCCAUCCUGCCUGGGAUCACACGAAAAUCCAUCAUUGAAAUUGCCUUGGAUUUGGGUUAUCAGGUCAUAGAACGUGCCGUAUCAUUGAAGGAGAUGCUAGAGGCUGAUGAAGUGUUCUGCACAGGAACUGCAGUUGUUGUCAACUCUGUUUCAUCUGUAACCUACAAGGAAACAAGAGCUGAAUACAAAACAGGAGCAGAAACAUUGUCCCAAAAACUGCGGAAAACACUAGUUGGAAUUCAAACUGGGUCUAUUGAAGACACAAGGGGCUGGACAGUUCGAAUAGAUUGAUCAAUUUGCACAACAUCUCCUAUGGCUUGACUCGGAUUUUAAGUUGGGUUAUCAUAUUAUACUUCCAUCUUUUACUCUACGCCUACUCAACACCAGUAAAACUAUACUUGGAUAGGUAUAAGAAAGUUGAAAGAUGUACCUAUAGAAUUUUCCUUUAUAAGUUAUGCAGAUAUGCACGAAACUAGCCUCACUUUUAUUUUAGUUUUUGCUUUUACGAUGUCAA